AUGGCGAGGCCGGUGGAGCUCAUUUUGUUCAGCUGGAUUGUCCUUCUCGGAACGGUCUUUCAGCGGGACGGCAUCGGAGUCGAGGGGAAAGCCACCGUCGAGCAGAUGAUGAAGACCGGCGAAAUGAUGCGAAAUGUGUGCCUGGGGAAGACCAAAGUUGGCGAGGACAUGGUCAACGGAUUGCGCGAGUCAAAGUUUCCCGAUGUCAAGGAACUCAAGUGCUACGUAAACUGUGUAAUGGAAAUGAUGCAAACGAUUCGCAAAGGAAAACUAAACUACGAUGCCACGAUGAAGCAGAUCGACACCAUCAUGCCGGACGAGUUUGCGGAACCGAUGCGCAAUGCGCUAAACGCCUGCCGGAAUAGUGGCGACGGCAUUAAGAACAAUUGCGAUGCGGCUUACGAGAUUGCGCAGUGCAUCUCCAAAAAUAAUCCCAAAUUUGUAUUUCCUUAA